AUGGGGGAUGCUCCAUCGCUCAAAAAGUUGAAAGAAGCUGUUUACGAGGUUGAUGAUGUUGUGGAUGAGUUCCAGCUGAAGGCUGAAAAAUAUGAAGCGGAUAGUGGUUUUCUGUCAAGAUACCUGCACACACAACCAAAAGCAUUUGUAUUUCAAUGCAAGGCAGCCAAAAAUAUAAAGAAAAUUAAGAAGACCUUUGAUGACAUUGUGAAGCAAAUGGCUAUUUUGAAUUCAGUGGAAUUUCAUGUUGAAAAAGUUCUCAAGAAGCUAUUUGACGCUAUUCCUAAUGAGAAGUCUGAAGGCCUUUCUUUGACGAAUAUGGCAAAUAAAAUCUCAGACAAGUUGACCAACAGUAGGUUGUUGCUUGUAUUGGAUGAUGUUUGGAAUGAAGACCAUAAUAAAUGGGGAGAAUUCAUGGUUCUUGUGAAGAAUGGUUCAUCAGAAAGCAAGAUUCUACUCACUACUCGUAGUAGAAAUGUUGCUGACGCAGUUGAAUCUACAGCACUAAUCAAUUUGCCAUCCUUAUCCGAAUAUUACAGCUGGCAAGUAUUUCAGCAAAGCUUCAGAAAUGCUGUGAAAGAUUUGAACUUUGAAUUUCAAGAAGUUGGUAAAGAGAUUGUGAACAAGUGCGGUGGUGUGCCGCUAGCAAUUAAAGUUCUUGCAGGUGUCCUCCGUGUCAAGAAACGAUUAGAACAAUGGCAUGCCAUAAAAGAGAGUAAUUUAUUAAAUGUUGAGGGUAAAGAACGUCAAGUAUCUGCUUGCUUGUGGUUGAGCUAUUUUAACUUGCCAUCUCAUCUAAAGCAGUGUUUCACAAUAUGUUCAAUUUUUCCUAAAGGUCACUUGAUUGAUAAAGACCAAUUGAUUGACCAAUGGAUUGCUCAUGAUAUGAUCCCAGAAUGUGGUGUUAACUACUUGGAAUAUAUUGGCGAUGACUACUUUAGUGAUCUUGUGCAAAUGUACUUUAUACAAUAUGUGAAGGAAGAAGUGGAUGGGAAAGUUAUAUGUAAGAUGCAUGAUUUGGUGCAUGAUCUUGCCAGAUCCAUUUUGGGUGAUGAGAUUUCACUUGUCGUGUCAAGACUGAAAUAUGAAACACUUCCUGAGGUUAUUUCAGAAACUUGGAGUCUGCAAGCUCUUCAUGUAACGUCAAGUGAUAUUGUCAAGUUACCUGAAUCCACUGGAAAUCUGAAGAAGUUGAGAGUGGUCAACUUGUCCUACUGUUUCUGUCUAACAAGUUUGCCAGAUUCUAUUGGCAAUUGUGUCAUGAUUUCUAGCAUAGAACUUUUUGGUUGUAAGAAGGUUGCAACGCUACCCAGCUCUAUCAGCAGAAACAAAAGGCUAAGGGUACUGAGACUAGGUCGUACCAAACUUGAGAGGCUACCAUCAAGUAUCACGGCACUAGAAAACCUGGAGUGUUUGGACCUUCAUUGGUGUUCCAAGUUGAUAGAGUUGCCUGAAGGCAUAGGGAACUUGAAGAAGCUUGUUGUUCUGAACCUGCAAGGAUGUGGAAAGUUACGAGGGAUUCCAAAAGGGAUUGGUCAGAUUACUCGACUUGAAACGCUGGAAUUAUUUGUUAUGGGGGAGGAUGAUGAAAAUUAUGCACAUAUCUCAGAGCUUGAAAACAUUAAUAAGAUUAGCAGGGAACUAACUAUCCAUGGUAUUAGACAUUGUAUGGACCCAGAUGUUGCACACAAGGAAUGUUUGAAGCAGAAGACAAACUUACAGAGCCUGGCACUUAUUUGUGCAAGUGAUGUGGGGUGA